AUGACUUCGAGUUCUCUCAAGAUCAAUGGAGACAGACUGAACAGUACUUUACAAUAUACUUGUACACAAUAUGGCGCUCUUGCGGCCCCUUCAACAGGCAUGUGUCGUCUCACUCUCACGCCAGAAGAUCAAGCCGCGCGAGACUGGCUAGUGGCAGAAUGCAAGAGUCUGGGAUGCGAAAUCAAGGUUGACCAAAUGGGAAAUAUUUUUGCAAUUCGUGAGGGUACAGCCAACGACAAGAAGCCAAUUGGUAUGGGCAGUCAUAUGGAUACACAGCCUGCAGGUGGGAGAUACGACGGCAUCUUAGGCGUUCAAGCUGCCCUCGAAGUCCUUCGUACCCUCCACGAAAACAACAUCUCAACCCACUGUCCCCUGGCCUUAAUAAACUGGACUAACGAAGAAGGCGCCCGUUUCCCCGGCGCAAUGAUGUCCUCUGGUGUCUGGAGCCAGCACUCCAGCACCCCCCUCUCCGCCUGCUGGUCCGUCCUCGACACCGAUGGUAUAACCAUGAAAGACGCACUGCAAAGCAUAAACUAUCUCGGCGAAACCCCCUGCUCCCACCUCGACAACCCCCUCCACUGCCACUUCGAACUCCACAUCGAGCAGGGCCCCUUACUCGAGCGCGCCCAGAAAACCGUCGGCGUCGUCGAAACUGUCCAGGGAAUGCAAUGGUACGCCAUCCGCGUGCUGGGCAAAGAAGGCCACUCAGGCACCACCCCCAUGCCCGACCGCUCAGAUGCCCUCGUCACGGCCUCGCGCCUCAUCACCGCCGUCCGCGACACAGCACUACACACGGAACUCGGCGUUGCGACCGUCGGCGUGAUAAAAAGCGACACGGCAUCCCAAGCCACGAUUCCCGCAGGCGUCGAUUUCAUAAUCGACAUAAGAUGCUCCACCGACGCCUUGGUGGCCCAGCUUUCCACUGCCAUUUUCGCCGCAUUCGACAAAAUCAUCGCCGAGGAAACGAAUGGCACGAGCUACACGGUGCAGCGCACGUGGGGCCUCCCAGAGUCAAAGUUUCAUCCGCAUUGCAUCGAGGCUGUGCGGGCUGCGGCGGUCAAGCUUGUGGGCAAAGACCAGGUCAUGAGCAUGAUGAGUAGAGCGGGCCACGAUAGUGCGUGGACAAGUCGCGUGGUACCUACGAGUAUGAUUUUUGUGCCGAGCAGAGAUGGAAUUAGUCAUAAUCCUGAGGAGUAUACGAGUCCUGAGCAUUGUGCGUUGGGGGCGCAGGUGCUGCUUGAUGCCGUGUUGGCGUAUGACGAGAAAGUUGCAAAGGGGGUUUAUUAG